UAUACACGUACUAUGUAGGCUACAAUAUAAUUAUGUUAAUAAAGAACUAGGCAGACACACCUGAAAUAAAAAUGAAUUUACAUACACAGCAUAAACUGUCCCAGUUGACUGAUUUGCUUAGGUCAGUGGUUCGCAUUGGCGCUCUAGGGAUUAAUAAGAUAGCGGAUCGAACACUUCCGGUGUCUUGUGUUGGCCGUUUAGAACGCGAUGAGCGGGCGAUCCAGUCAUCUAUAGAUCAGUGGUUGAGUCACCAAGCUGCUCCGAGACUCUCUGAUGAUGUAAUGACGCUCUGCGCCACUAGAGGGAGGAGCUCAGCUGACUGUAGCAGUGAGCAUCCCUCCUCCCUCUGAAGAGAACAGCACCUGAUGCGGGAGGCCGGAGGGGGCGUUUGCAGUCUGAAGCAUUUGGGAAGGAUCGAGCAAUCACAGACCACGAGUUUUCAUUAUUUGCUGGCACCCCUUCCCACAGUAUCCGUUAAGAGCGCAAAAACGACAUUUAACAUCCCCCCGAAACUAAGAUGAGAGCAGGAAAAAAGGGACGCAAUCUGUUUAUACGACUGGAUGCGUGCUUUUGUGAUGAGAGGAUGUGCCACCUCAAUGAGACUCUAGAGACAGAAGAUUAGGACGUUUCCUCUAAAAUGAGUCAACAAGAGAAGAAAGAGGAGGACACUGCCUCUAAAAUCAGCUGUGAUCAACCCACGAAGAGUCAGCCCUCUGCCUUCAGCGACGCAGAAAUGACCUCUGACCCCAGUGUCAGUAUCAGCAGGAAGAAAAGACCGAGAUCAGAGUCUCCAGAACCCAGCGGUGUGAAGCCAGUGACCUCUGACCCCAGUAUCGGCAAGAGCAAGCCACCAAUAUCACAGUCUCCAGAACCCAGUGGUGUGUCUGUGAAGAGCAGCAGAUCCAUGGAGAUACCUGUUAGAUUCAGUGACGUAAAAGAGAAACAUGAGCUGACAAGAUCUGUACAUUUUUCGGGAACUCACAACAGGCAGGAAAGAACUGAAACAGUCCUACAGAGACACACACUGGAGACUGGAGAUCUGCAGAGAGUCAAAAAUCAGCACAAAACCAGCAUGAAGAACAAGUAUGAGAGAUUAUUUGAGGGAACCAAACUCCAAGAGAAUGAAACCCUCCUGAACAGGAUCUACACACAGCUCUACAUCAUAGAGGGUGAGAGAGAAGGAGUGAAUGAAGAACAUGAGGUUUUACAGAUGGAGAAAACAGCUCGAACACAACACUCACAAGACACUGCAAUCUACUGCAAUGACAUCUUUAAAGCCUCAUCUGAAGCAGGAUCUGAGGAGAAAGAGCAGAUCAAGACUGUUCUUACUAAAGGCAUCGCUGGAAUCGGAAAAACCGUCUCUGUGCAGAAGUUCAUCCUGGACUGGGCCGAGGGAAAAGCCAAUCAGGAUGUAGAUUUCAUGUUUGUGCUUCCAUUUCGAGAGCUGAACUUGAUCAGAGAUCAUCAGUACAGUCUUCACAGACUUCUGCUGGACUUUCAUCCUGAACUUCAAGAUCUGGACUCACAGAUUUAUGAGGAGUGUAAAGUUGUGUUCAUCUUUGAUGGUCUGGAUGAAAGCAGAAUCACACUGAUGUUUUCAGACGCUCAGAAAGUUUGUGAUGUGACUGAGACUUCAUCAGUGGCUGUGUUGAUGUCAAAGCUCAUGAAAGGAGAGCUGCUUCCCUCUGCUCUCAUCUGGAUCACCUCCAGACCAGCAGCAGCCAAUCAGAUCCCCUUCAAAUACAUCCACCGUCUGACAGAAAUUCAGGGAUUCACUGAGCUUCAGAAGGAGAAAUACUUCAGGAAGAGAAUCAGUGAUGAGCAUCAAGCCAGCAGAAUCAUCUCACACAUCAGAAGAGCAAGAAGCCUCCACAUCAUGUGCCACAUCCCCGUCUUCUGCUGGAUCUCAUCCACUGUGCUUCAGAAGCUCCUGGAAGAAGAUCUGAGAGCAGAAAUCCCUCAAACACUGACUGAAAUGUACAUCCUCUUCCUGCGGAUUCAGAUCAACAUGAGGAACCAGAAGUAUGAAGAGAGAGAUCCAGAGAAACUCCUGCCGUCCAACAGAGAAGUGAUUGUGAAACUUGCUGAAGUGGCUUUCAAACAGCUGAUGAAGGGCAAUGUGAUGUUCUAUGAGGAGGACCUGAUUGAGAGCGGCAUACACAUCACUGAUGCCUCAGUGUAUUCUGGGAUUUGCAAUGAGAUCUUUAAGGAGGAAUCUGUGAUUUAUCAGAAGAAAGUCUACAGCUUCAUUCAUCUGAGCGUUCAGGAGUUUCUCGCUGCUUUCUAUGUUUUUAACUACCAUGUAAAUGAAACUAUGGAGCGACUGAAGAAUUUAGCUUCAGUAAAAUAUUUGCUUAAAGGUGUAGUAGAUGAAGCGCUUGAGUGUGAGAAUGGACAGCUCGAUCUGUUCCUGCGGUUCCUGCUGGGCGUCUCACUGGAGUCCAAUCAGAGACUCCUACAGGAUCUACUGACACACACAGAGAACAGCUCAGAGAGCAUCAGGAGAACCACACAGUACAUUAAAGAGAAGAUCAAAGAUGGACAUGAACUCUCCACUGAAAGAUCCAUCAAUCUGUUCCUCUGUCUGCUGGAAGUGAAAGAUCAGACUCUCUCCAGAGAGAUUCAGGAGUUUGUGAAAUCAGACAAACACUCAGAGAAGAAACUUUCUCCUGCUCACUGCUCAACAAUCACCUACAUGCUUCAGAUGUCAGAGGAGCCACUGGAUGAGCUGGACCUCAAGAAAUACAACACAUCAGAUGAAGGAAGAAGAAGACUGAUACCAGCUGUGAUCAACUGCAGAAAAGCCCUUCUUGCUGUCUGCAAUCUGACUGCUCAGGAUUGUGAAGUUGUGUCAUCAGCUCUACAAUCCUCAGACUCUGUCCUGAGAGAGCUGGAUCUGAGUAGCAAUGACCUGAAGGAUUUAGGAGUUAAGCUGCUUUCUGAUGCACUGAAGAGUCCAAACUGUCAUCUGGAGAUACUGAGGUUGUCAGGCUGUAUGGUGACAGAGGAAGGCUGUGGUUAUUUGUCUUCAGCUCUGAGUUCAAACCCCUCACACCUGAGGGAGCUGGAUCUGAGCUACAAUCACCCAGGACCAUCGGGAGUCCAGCUGCUCAAACACAAACUGGAUGAUACAAACUAUAAACUGCAGAUACUCAAUUUGGACCACGGAGAACCUUUCAGAAUCACAUCCGGACUGAGGAAAUAUGCCUGUGAUCUCACACUGGAUCCAAACACAGCACACACUCAACUCGUCCUGUCUGAAGAUUACAGGAGGAUGACACAUGUGAAAAAACCACAGCAGUAUCCUGAUCAUCCAGAGAGAUUUGAGCUCUAUGAGCAGGUUCUGUGUCGAGAGAGUCUGACUGGACGCUGUUACUGGGAGGCUGAGCGGAGCGGGAUGGCAGCUGAUGUUGCAGUGACAUAUAAAGGAAUCGAGAGGAAAGCAGGGAGUAAUUGUUGGUUUGGAUACAGUGAUAAAACAUGGAGUCUGUACUGCUCUGCUAAUGAAUUCACUGUCUGGCACAAUAAUAUGAGCAGGAAUAUACCAGUCCGUUCAUCCUCUAAGAGAAUAGGAGUGUAUCUGGACUGGUCAGCCGGCUCUCUGUCCUUCUACAGCGUCUCUGACACACACACACUCACACACUUACACACAUUCAACACCACAUUCACUGAACCCCUCUACGCUGGGUUCAAGGUUUAUGAUUCUGAACUGUCUCUGUGUCAGAUUGAACAAACUGCUGUAAGAAACAACUGAGACAUUUCAAGCAACAGAGGUGAGCACAAAGAUUCACAAAUACGUACAUGUCAAAAAAGUAUCAAACUUCUGUACAAAAUAAUGGCUUGAUUAAAUUAUAAUUUAUUAUUAAAUAGGUUUUUAAGUUGAUCAUGUAGGUUAAAAUAUUGUUUUAGGAACUGUGUUUGUCAAACAUUUCAUUCCAGCAUUGUCCCUCAUACUGAGUUUACUGUACAAGACAAUAUGAAGAAAAGUAGCUCAGUUAGCCAGCAUAAAGACUACUUUCUCACAAAAAGUUAAAUAAAAAAUGGGGAGAAGUUGGUCAAAAAUAUAUAAAAUUUUUUUAACUGACAACCAGCUGUAACAUUCAGACUAUUUUUUAGCCUUUCGUGGUCUGAAAAAAAGGACAUAACCAUUUGAACAACACCAGACUGCAUAAAAACCACUAAAAUGUUGUAUUAAGUAUUUAUUUAUUUAAUGUUUGUUAUAUUUAUUUAUUUAUUUUUAAUACAUUGUCAAUCUGUCAAAAUAUUUUUUUAUAAAUUACAUCAAUACUCAAAAGUAAUUAAAAGCAUGUUUUAAAUAUAAGUAAUGCAAUAUCUGCCCAUCUCUGAAAAACUGUAUUUUUCAAGCAUUCACAAUUUUUUUUUAUAUUUCUCAUGCAUUUCAUUGUCCAAGACCUCAUAAAAAAAAUAAAAAAAAAUGAAAGAUUCGCUGUUUAUAGUCUGUUAGCUUUUAUGAUAUGCUAUUACUUGUGUUUGAACGAAUCCAUUUUCAUGUUUUGUGAUCUUAUAAAAGCUACUGUAAAGUUUCAGAGGAUCUUUAGACUGUUUCCUCCCGCUGAAUUGUCACCAGCUGUUAGAUCAAUGUGUUUUCUUUCUGUUCAGUAAACAAGGCAUCUAAAAUCAGCGCUAAAUGAUUGUGUUUUCAUGUUAACUAAUAAUUUUGUGUUUAAUCUGCGUAUAACACCAGUGUCAUUGCAAAAUCUUGGUAUCUUAACCCUAAAACAGGCUAGAGUGCAA